UACUGCGGCCCUUUCCCAGACUCUUCUUGCUGCAGAGCAGAAACUGAAACAGCCCAGCUGCAGAAGGGAUGCGCUUAUUCCUGUUGCUCGGACUCUAAGCUUUCCUAGCCUGCUUGCUAGCUUUCGGGGGGCUGUGCAGAAAACUGGCUGGGACCCUGUCUGCUGACGCCCAUGUAACUGGCUGCAGGUCUCUCAGGCAGUUGCACCACAGAGAAAACCAACGGAUCUGUGCACCUUCCUACUAAGAGAAGGGGCCUUUUCAGCUCCGCCACAGCCUGUGUCUGAAAGAACCCGGAGCUGGAGCAGCUGUUGCACUGAGUGGUGCUGCCGCUGACUUCAGUAACCAUAGCAACAGCAUCAGCACCAUCACCAUCCUCCUCCUCCUCACUCAUUCUCCUCCUCCUUGGCAUCGUCAGUACCGGGAGCAGGAGCAGCAGCAGCAGCCCUGACAGGAGCCAGAGCCCAGCAGUAGGGACUGCAAUCAGCCCACUGCCUUUCUGUACCUGCUCCAUCGACACCAGCAGCAGUAACCACAACCUUGUUUCCUACGGGGAGCGGGAGGGAGUGUGUUGAGGGAGGACCCCACAAAGACCCAGGUGAUGACCUGAAAAGAUCAUGUCUGAGGUACAGGGAACGGUCGAGUUUUCUGUGGAACUUCACAAAUUCCAUAAUGUGGAUCUCUUCCAGAGAGGAUACUACCAGAUACGAGCAGGGUUGAAACUUCCAUCCAGGAUUCCCCAUAGACUGGCUGCAACAAUCAUAGAGCAAACAGGUGACUCUAGCCUCUCUUCAGCCUGCGUUCAUGAGAACAGCGUGCACAGUAGAAUAUUUCAGAUCUUAUACAGGAACGAAGAGAUUGUUAUGAACGAAUCGAUGAACUUCAGGGUCCACUUACUCCUAGAUGGCGAGAGGGUGGAAGAUGCAUUAAGCGAAGGAGAUUUUCAGCUCAAGUUGGACCUGCACUUUACUGAUAGUGAACAACAGUUGAGAGACAUUCCAGCAAUCCCUUUGAUAAGCAGCCGUACUUUGGGUCUUCACUUCCAUCCAAGAAGAGGCUUGCACCACCAUGUUCCUGUCAUGUUUGACUAUUUCCACCUGUCAGUGAUAUCUGUUACAGUACAUGCCUCACUGGUAGCGUUACACCAGCCACUGAUCAGCUUUGCUCGUCCAGGGAAAGGGUCGUGGCUGGGUAAGGGCAGCCUGGAGACAGGACCAGACCAGUCCAGUAUGUCAUUAGAGAAUCUAGUGUUUGGAGCUGGCUACUGCAAACCGACGUCAUCUGAGGGUAGCUUUUAUGUCCCUUCUGAAAACUGCAUGCAGCAUGCAUACAAAUGGCAUAAGGACCUGUGUCUGCUGCUCUUGAAUGCAUACAGAGGGCUUCAUGUGUACUACACAGUCAUAAUGAAAGAGAUUCCAGAUUUGCCACAACUGAAGUUAGCGGAGCUAGCUGUGGAAGAUACGCUAUCUCAACUUUGUACAGAGCUGCAGAUGUUGAACAAUCCAGAGAAGAUAGCAGAGCAGAUUAGCAAGGACGUAGCAUGGCUUUGCUCCCACCUUUUGGCACUGUGGACCCAGUUCCUGGAGACAGUGACACUCCAUCCAGAAGUCACAGCCUAUCUUACUCAGGAGCAUCACACACUAAGGGUAAGAAGAUUCUCAGAAGCAUUCUUUUAUGCUGAGCACCAAAAGCUAGCUGUGCUGACCUUUCAGGAAAGCCUGAUCCAAAGUCAUAGCCAGAUUUCUACUGACGUUCGGAAUUCCGAGUACCUCACCAGCAUGCCCCCUCUGCCAGCCGAAUGCCUGGACAUUGAUGGGGAUGGGAACACAGUUCCGGUGAUUUUUGAAGACAGAUAUGUGGACUUCCCUUACAAAAGUCAAAGUGUGGAUGUUUUCCCAGCUUUUGAGGUUCCUGAGAUGAACGGUACACAAAUGGACUUAAUAAACAACAAGGAGGCUCUUGCAUCAAAUGAUGACAUUGCAUUAGCAAAGGGAGAUUUCAGGAAAGAUACUCUGUUAAUACAUACAGAUAAAAUAAAUGGGAAUGCCCCCUGUAUCUACAGCGAUAUUGCAGCUGAUGCUUAUAUGGCUAAAGCUUUGACCCAGCACUCCACAUCUCAGGCAUAUACAGUCAACAAGGAAGUACAAAGGAAAACGGAUGUAUCCCAUGAAAAUACAUCAGUUUCAAGUAAGGAAAUUGUUUCUGGCUUGGGACUAGGCCUUUUAAAACACAAAGCUGAAGACUUCCAAACGUCAGUGGAUGUUUCAUUAAAAGACGACAGACUUGCUACAGGUGUUACGUGCGUGGAUAUGGAACCUAGCAAUAAGGAUUCCCACGAAAGUGAACCCAUAUUAAUCAUUAGUGCUCUGGGUGACAGUGGAACUAGUGGCCUCUUAGACAGCACUGAGUUAAGUAAAGCAGCUAAAACUGCUAAUUAUGAACAUAUUCUCACUUCGGAUGAACUUGCAUUAAAUGAACUAAACAGUCUUGAAAAACCAGUGGAUCAAGACAACAAGGCUCUGCUACCAGCUUUGAAAGCGUUACCAAUCAGUACUUUUGGUUUAUUAACCCAGACAACAAAAGAUGCCCUGGAGGUGAAGUCAUUUGUGAAGGAGCAAAGAGCCGAAGAAUGUGAAGAGUUUACCCUGACGUCAGGGGUCAUAAAGAGAUCUUCGUCAAUAAUAUCCGACUCGGGCAUUGAAAGUGAACCCAGUUCGGUGGCUUGGUCCGAUGCACGUAGCCGGGCUUUGGAGCUGCCCAGUGACCGUGAGAUGCUGCAGCAGCUGGUACGGAGGCACACCAUACACAGAAACUCUCUAGAGGGUGGGCAAACGGAAAGCAAUACAAGCUUGCCCAGUGGGAUCCAAGCGUCGCUGACAUCAAUUAGCUCAUUGCCGUUUGAGGAAGAAGAGAGGGAAGUAGAACUUACAAAGCUGACCAAAUCCGUUUCUGCACCGCAGAUCAGCAGCCCAGAGGAGCCCACAGACACUGUAGAUCUUUCCAAAUGCAAUAAAGCAAUCUUGGAAGUUGCAGAAGGGCCCUUGAAAAGCUACAUGGAAGUGACGUGCAGAAGCAUAGCAAUAACAGGGAACUUUUCUGACUGUCAGACUGCCAGGGAAAGUGAGCGAUCAGAACCAGACAUGGCCACAGGAGAGCAUCCUAGCACUGCUGUCAAACAAGGUAACUGCAGCGCUGAGCUACCAGAAGAAGUCAAAGAUAAGGAAGGUUUUUCAGAAAGAGUUUGUAGUUUGGAAUAUGCAGGACAACCCGUAAAUCUAAAGCAGUACAGAUGUGAUACCUAUGAAUGCCAGGCAGUGCAGAGAAAUGAAGAGUGCAGCUUGGAAACACAGAGUGUCACCACAUACUCAGACCCCACUAGCGUGCAGUGCGGUGCAUGCAGUGAGGAUCUGAAAGAUGCACUUAAACCUGUACCUGAGGGGUUGAAAAUACGUCAAGACUUUUAUUCCAGUGUUACCAUACUAGACGUCCAGAAUUUCUCACAUGGCCUGAGCGAGGUACCAGAUUUUUGCUACACUGUUCCAGCCUCAUCAGAGACAUCGACUGAAUUUGGUUCAACCAGAGGAGAGUGUGGGAGCCCCGUCGCCAGUGAAACCCUGAUGUCAUGUGAAGAAAUGCAGGGCUUACAAGAAAUUGAACUCGACGACGCAUCUGUGCUGGUGGAUUCUGCAGCAGGAUCUUAUUGUGCCGAAUAUCCUCAGGAAUCAGACAUCGUGGAGCGUCGGCUCGUGGCUAAUGGCAGCACUGGCUUUCAUUCUGUUGCCACAGACGGGUUGGCACUGGAGAGCCGAAAGGCCGUUGAGGUGGUUAACCUGUCUGUUUCUUGCACAGCCACAUGUCUUCCCUUUUCUUCGGUGCUCAAAGAGACUCCUGUGGUGGCUGGCUUCUCUUCAAAGCAGGCUGCUUUCCCUAUUACAUGCCAGCCUUUAGGCUCCUUCGGCGUUGUCCCCUGCACGGCAGAUGAUGUGGAGGAAGAGGCCAAUGAAAGGAUGCUUAGUUUUUAUCAGGCCAAAGAAAAGUUUAAAAAAGAACUGAAGAUUGAAGGAUUUCUGUACAGUGACUUAUCUGUACUAGCUUCUGAUAUCCCAUAUUUUCCACCAGAGGAAGAGGAAGAAAAUUUGGAAGAUGGAAUUCACCUGGUUGUCUGUGUCCAUGGACUGGAUGGGAACAGCGCAGACCUGCGACUAGUAAAGACUUUUAUAGAACUGGGACUCCCUGGUGGAAAGCUGGACUUCCUAAUGUCUGAAAGAAACCAGACUGAUACUUUUGCUGAUUUUGAUUCAAUGACGGACCGAUUACUGGAUGAAAUUAUUCAACAUAUCCAGUUGUACAACCUCUCCAUCUCCCGAAUAAGUUUCAUUGGUCAUUCCCUCGGUAACGUCAUCAUCCGAUCAGUACUAACUCGGCCCAGGUUUCGCUAUUACCUCAACAAGUUACACACCUUCCUGUCCCUCUCUGGGCCUCACCUAGGGACCCUUUACAACAACAGCACUUUGGUUAGUACAGGCCUAUGGCUCAUGCAGAAGCUGAAAAAAUCAGGGUCACUUUUGCAGCUGACCUUCAGGGACAACGCAGAUCUGCGCAAAUGUUUUCUGUACCAGCUCAGCCAAAAACCAGGUCUUCAGUACUUUAAAAAUGUUGUACUGGUGGCAUCUCCCCAGGAUCGAUAUGUCCCAUUCCAUUCAGCGAGGAUAGAAAUGUGCAAAACCGCACUUAAAGACCGGCACACAGGUCCCAUUUAUGCAGAGAUGAUAAACAACCUGCUCCAGCCUUUGGUCGGGGUGAAGGACUGCACUUUAAUCAGACACAACGUGUUCCAUGCACUCCCCAACACUGCCAACACGCUGAUCGGACGGGCUGCCCACAUAGCCGUGCUGGACUCUGAACUUUUCCUGGAGAAGUUUUUCCUCGUGGCAGGACUCAACUACUUCAAAUAGCGCCUGAAGCACUGGGUAACAAAGGAAAAGCAGAGUGUUCAGUGGCAUAGAAGCCCUUAGCCAAAAGAGCUCAGUAUUGGAAAUGAGUAACAUGCACGUGAUGAGGUGGGACCCUCACACUCCUCCCAUUUUCAUUUAUGUUUCAGAGAAUAAAGUCCUGUGGCUUUAAGGUAUUCCAACUUCCAAAUAUUGGUGCUUUUGGAAGACAUAAAUAUUCAUGGUCAGUUUCCAUGUUCUCUUUUGAUUGUUCACCUAAGACAAAAGCCACUUCUGAAACAGAGAACAAAAAUAAGAAGGCCAACUCUAUAGAUGUGACUGAACCAACAUGAUUCCGACCUCUGUUAAAUAUCAACUUUGAUUUCACGCUCAUGUAAUAAGAAAGCUAUACAUCUGUAGCACUUUUGUUGGGGGUAGUUAAUACAAGAGAAAACAAGCAUAUGUGAACUCAGGUUAAAACCUCCUUUUUGAUGAACUGGACAAUAUGAAAAAUAUGUAUGUGGUCAGAAUCCUUGAUAGCAUCAGUGGUUCCAUUUGUCUAAAGAAAAUGCAGAGAUGGUUCCAUUAUCCAUACCCAUUUGUAACAUUCAUACGUUCUUGGCAUGGAAAGGGAGAGAAGAAACAUUUAAAUAAAAGGAAGGAGUCUUUAUAAAGCCUUUAAAAAGCUCCAUGUCAUAUGAAAUAAAUGAACUCAAGAUAGAAGCAAUCAAAGCAAGAGGAGUCUAUUGGAAUAAUCAUGGGAUACAGUCAUCGUCUGUUAACCUCUCUUCUGUUUACAUUUAUGGACUAACAUUGGUUUUGCUUGUCUUUAUAACCAAGGUACAUUUUUUAUUUUUUAAAUUCAUACCUACCUACAUUGGCCCCAAUGUUAAAAAAUGUUGGUAUUCUGAGCUGUAUUCAAAGUCAUGCCAAUUAAUAGUUCUACCAAACCAAUCAAAGGUAGUAGGCUGUAGCUUUUCAAAAGAAGGUUGUGAAAUGCUUCAAAAUACAGGGCUCUUCUAUUGUGCCCUUUCUGAAAUAUGUUAGUCCCACCUGGAACGCUGUAUGCAGUCCUGACUACCACAGCACUAAAGGUGGGAGAAAAUUUUUAAAGAGAAAUUAUUUAAAAUAUCCAAGUUGUUUCCCAAGGUUCAAAAUUGACCCACUUUCCACUUUUUCCAUUUUUGGGUGUGUUUUUAUUGAAAUUUUUAUCAAAGAUAUGAUCAAAAUUCUCAGUGUUAAAUUUUGAUAAUGAUUUCAGUAAGUUUUCUUAAUGUAUUUGAUCAAUUGUCAAUAAAAAUAAGUCACCUCAAUUUUUGCAAAAAAAAAAAAAAAUUGCAAAAUGGGGAAAAAUCAACAGCCCUUCAUGAAAGAUUUUGCUUUUGAAAGAAGGCAACUUUGUAAUGACAACUGUUGUGUUCAGAAAAAUGAGCAGCUCUUCAUACAGUAGAUCUUGUAGGGUGUGCCGUGCAGAACUACGAAGAUUGUAGCAGAUGUCAAGAAUUAAAUGAUGAGUUAAGGUGAAUGAAAUUAUGUUCCCUGAAAGAGGAGAUUUCAAAGAGCUCUAAGGGAAACUUUGAAAUUUUAUGACAGGUUUCAGAGUGGUAACCAUAUUAGUCUGUAUCAGCAAAAACAAGGAGUCCUUGUGGCACCUUAGAGACGAACACAUUUAUUUAUGCACACAUAAAUUUAUUAGUCUUUAAGGUGCCACCAGGACUCCUCGUUGUUGUUUUUUUUUUAAAUAUUGUGAAAAACAAGAUGGAAUUUAGGCAGAAUAUUUACUGAACAGGGUCAUUAGCAAAUGGAACUUCUGUGGCAAGCAAAUGAUGCAAAAAUAUGAAUAGGCUUAACACCAGUGUUUGAUUCUAGAUACGAAGGACAGGGCUGAUGGUGCUAAUAAUAAGAAGGUGGGAUUAAGAUCAGCAGAAAAUGGGCAGGUAUGCUGGGCCUGGACACCAUUUUCUGUCCCUUAAAGGUCAUGUUGAAAUGAAAUAGAAAUAGUAAGCAUUUAUAUAGCAUGUUUGGAAACAUUAAAUAUUAAUCAACACUCCAGUGAGACAUAUGGGACAUUAUCAUCCUCACUUCACAGAUGGAUAGCUUAAAGCUGAGAGGCUAUAUGACUUGCCCAAGGCUAUAAAGGGAGUCCGUGUCAGAGCCAGGACUGGAACUGAGGAAUCCUGGCUCCCAGUUCUGUACUCAUACCACCAGCUCAUACCUCUGCUUCUGCAAUUUUAGUGCCAGCUAAACUUAUUUACUACACAAUUUAUCUCCUUCUGCGUAAAUAUUUGUAUGAAAGUUCUAACAAUAAUUAUAACGGUGUAUAUAGGAUUGGGUUUCAUAUAGACAGAAGGUAGUCUUUUUGCAUUUAUUUAAUUUUUAUGCCAGAAAAUAAUUUAUACAGAAAAGGUGUUAUUUAGUUCCAUCUCUUCUACUUGAAUAUUUAUAACAUUCAAUUUGCUAGUACUCAGUGAGUCAGGCAGAACCCUGGACAGUAAUGAUUCCUACAUUCAAACCAAUGGUUUCUGACCUUGGAACAGUUUUGCCUUGCAUUUGUCCAUUAGGCAUGACACCCUGCCUUUAUUCUGUGUGUGUGUGUGUGUGUGAGAGAGAGAGAGAGAGAGAGAGAGAGUGUGUGUAUGCAAGUGCACAGGCAUGUGACACUCCUAAGCCAAUAGGAGUUUUGCAUAAAACGAGUGGCAAGAGUGCCCCUAUGUAAUAUUCAUUAAGGGCCUGAUCCAAAGUCAAUGGGAAUCUUGCCAUUGAUUUCAAUGGGAGUUGGAUUAGGCCCAUACAACCUGGUCCCUUGAAGAACAUUACAGACAGCUGCCGUGGUUCUGAGAUAAAGCCUAGAAAUGUCAUUCUUUUAAAAUGACUGGUUGUAGAUUUUAUUUUCCUUGUGCUGCCAGAAUGUUGUGAGAAAUAUUGGCAGUAACAGUCCAGCUUGAUGUUGAUUUGAAGCUAUCAGGUGUCUUGGGGUUUUGUUUGUUUCUUUGUUUCUUUGUUUGUUUUAAUUGGGAUGCUGUCUUUGUAAAGACCCUGAGUAGUAUAAAACCUAUCUUACCUACAAGUAUGUAUUACAGAUGUGCAGAAAAUACAUGCAGCCAUUAUAAUGUAUAUAACAUCUUAAAUGUUUGAACAUUAUUAAACUUAUAAAUUUGGA